GAUGAAACUGAGCCAGUAACUGCACCGCCCCCUGGUGGGACAAUUUGCCAAAAUGCCCAGUUCAAAGACUCUUCAGUUCCCUUUGAGUGUAACAGUAAAGACAUUUGUAGCUGGGAGUCACCAUUAGUCACUUGCAGUCUUCAGAGAGACCACACAGAGGAAUCCUGUAACUGAUGAUUUGGGUGGUCAUCACCAGCGCAGAUGGUCCCGUCGUCAAGAAAAUCCCCACCCCAAGAGAAACUCUGCACAUUCGGUCAGUGUGGUGAGGACUGAUUCAGAACUCACGACUAAUGCUUCAUCAGAGAUCGCCUGAAAGAAAGAGCCUGCGGGCGUGGCGCUGUGGGAAGGGCCUCCCCUGCAGCUCCAGUCUGUUUACCCAGCAAGCAGGCCCCAUGGAUGAGAAGCUGUACAAGUGUGACAAGUGUGGCAAGGGCUUCACCAGGAGCUCAAGUCUGCUUGUCCAUCAGGCAGUCCACACAGGGGAGAAGCCUUAUAAGUGUGACAGGUGUGGGAAGGGCUUCAGUCAGAGCUCAAAGCUGCACAUCCACCAGAGAGUGCACACUGGAGAGAAGCCCUAUGAGUGUGAGGAGUGUGGCAUGAGCUUCAGUCAGCGGUCGAACCUGCAUAUCCACCAACGUGUGCACACGGGAGAGAGGCCCUACAGGUGUGGGGAGUGUGGGAAGGGCUUCAGCCAGAGCUCCAACCUCCAUAUCCACCGGUGCACACACACCGGAGAGAAGCCCUACCAGUGCAGUGAAUGUGGGAAGGGCUUCAGCCAGAGCUCGGACCUCCGGAUCCACCUCCGGGUGCACACUGGGGAAAAGCCCUACCACUGCGGCAAGUGUGGGAGGGGCUUCAGCCAGAGCUCCAAACUCCUCAUCCACCAGAGAGUGCACACGGGAGAGAAGCCGUAUGAGUGCAGCAAGUGUGGGAGGGGCUUCAGCCAGAGCUCAAACCUCCACAUCCACCAGCGGGUCCACAGGAAGGCGCUCCAUUAAGUGACAUGAGCCC